GUGGCAACUUUUAAGAUAGUGUAGAGUGUAGAGGAGCUUUGCCUCUCAUGCCAAAGUUUUCAUUUCUUUACACGUGUUUAUUCCAUGACAUUUGUCGAUGCUGAUUUUUAAUGUUUAAAACGUGUCUGGGGUCAAUAACAAAAGUGCUGAUAUUCACCACUCAAAGGCUAAAGGGAUAUCAGAAGAUUGUGUCGGCAGAUUACAUUGGCAGCCUUGUGGAUUUCUCGGCUUGUGUUGCUAUAUUGAUAAGCUUUAAAUGUGGUCGUAUGGUUCAUUUUUAGGGUAUUUAAGGUCUGGCAUUAAGCGGAAGAUCUUCAGUGCUUUGAAAUACGCGACUUUGUACGAAUCAAAAUGAAAAUUAUAUUUUUUGGGCUGCUCAUCGCAAUCCUUGUUGUGUACGGUCAUGGAGAUGCUUGAUGCGAUAGUGAAGGCCAGUAUGGAAGAUGCGAUAGACGCACACAAUAAAAGAAAUGACAGGAUUAAGGAAGACAAUGACUGGAGAGCAAAAGAAAUAGAAAAAUAUCAGAAGGAGAUUGACGAAGAUGAAACAAAAUUAUCGGAUAUAAAAGAUAAACUGACUAAUCCCAAUUUCUCAACUGAGGAGAGAAAUUUUGCGCAACGUUCUUACGAUGUAAUAGCUGAUUACAUACAAAAAAGAAGGGAGAAAUUUGAAAGAAUGAUAAAACUAUAUACCGAGCGAAUCAGACGAUCGGUUGAGGAAACUGAACACUUGAAUAAAUUGUAUGCCAAAUUAGUGAAUUCAACAGGUAUCUGACCUAUAUGUUUAAUCAACAUGUGCUAACCGUUAGAGAACGCAUAAAUAAUCCGAUUUUGUAAUAUUCUUAU